AGUGACAGAAAGAGAAGCAGAGAGAUGGCUAGGUGGUGUAUCUUGUUGGUUCUUGCUCUGGCUGUGGCCGCUAGUGCCAGAACAGUGCCCAGCGACUCUGGCCUCAAGGACCAGAAGAACUUCCUCACCUACGGCGGCGUUGGUGGAUAUUCGGGACUAGGCAGCAACGGGCUGCCUUUUGGAGGAGCCGGAGCCGGAGUUGGUGGUGGUUUUGGCGGUGGUCUCGGCGGGGGCUCAGGCUUGGGAGGAUUUGGCGGACUGGGCGGACUCGGUGGAGCCGGAGCUGGGGGUUUAGGAGGUGCUGGUGGUGGUGUGGGCGGUGGGGUUGGAGGCGGAGCUGGUGGCGGCACCGGUGUCGUUCCUUACCCUUGAGAGAGUGGAGAAUAUGGUUUCAUGUUUGCUCUCAUCAGUCUCUUAUCUUAGCCUCUUACGACUUUAUAAUUUUCGGUUCAGAAAAUAACGGUUGUGUUACGUUGUUUAAUGUCGUUGAAGGACAUCGUUAGGGUUUGUCGAGUGAGGAUAGUUAUAUUUCAUUACUUUGUAGCGUCCACUUUCGUCUCUGGGUCAUUACUUGUAAGCUCUCAUCUAUAUAUGUUUCUUUGGUUGAGCACAAAAGCGGCC